AUGGGCGCGGGGGGCGGGGCAGGCGGCGAGCUCAACAAGCGGCUGCUCCGGAGCGUGAGCGUGGCCGGGAAGCGCGUGCUCAUCCGCUGCGACUUCAACGUGCCGCAGGACAAGGCCGACCCGAGCAAAAUCACCAACACUGCGAGAAUCGAGGGCGCGCUGCAGAGCAUCCGGUACUGCCUCGAGUCGGGCGCCAAGGCGGUCGUCCUCUGCUCCCACCUGGGGCGGCCGGACGGCAUGCGGAAGCCUGAGUGCUCGCUGGCUCCAGUCGCCGCUGCCCUCGAGAAGCUCCUCGCACGGCCUGUCAGCUUCAUCGGAGACUGCGUCGGGCCGGAGGCGGAGGCGGCAUGCGCGGACCCGCCCCAGGGCAGCGUGCUGCUGCUCGAGAACCUGCGGUACCACGUCGAGGAGGAGGGCAAGGGCGUCGACGCGCACGGCGCCAAGGUGACGGCGGCGCCCGACGCCGUGGCGGCCUUUCGCGCCUCGCUACGCAGCCUCGCAGACGUGUAUGUCAACGACGCGUUUGGGACGGCGCACCGCGCCCACUCGUCGAUGCUGGGCGAGGGCUUCGAGGUGAGGGCCGCCGGCUUCCUCGUGGCGCGCGAGCUCGAGGCCUUCCGCCAGGUGCUCGACGCGCCGGCCAAGCCGAGGCUGGCCAUCCUGGGCGGUGCGAAAGUGAGCGACAAGAUCCUGCUCAUCAAGAGUCUGCUGGACAAGGUGGACCGGAUGAUCAUCGGCGGCGGGAUGGCGUACACCUUCCUCAAGGCGCCGAGCUCGCCCGAGAUGGACCGAGAGAUGAGCCGAGAUCGUCUCCCCUCCCUCCAGGUGCUGCACAGCAUGCCGAUCGGCGCCUCGCUCUACGACGAGCGCGGCGCGGCCCUCGUCACCGAGAUCAUGGAGCUGGCCAAGGAGAAGGGCGUCGAGAUCACACUGCCGGUCGACUUUGUCACCGCGAGCGAGUUUGGCGAGGGCGGCGAGAUCGGCGCGGCGACGCUCGAGGGAGGGGUCCCGGACGGCAUGAUGGGGCUCGACUGCGGCCCUCGCUCGAGCGAGAUCAACGCGAGCGUCGUCUCCUCCUCGAAGACCAUCCUGUGGAACGGCGCGAGACUGGCCGAGACUAGCCGAGACGACUUCGAGGCGGGCACCAAGGCGAUGAUGGAGGCGGUGGUGAAGGCCACCGCGGCCGGUGCGGUGACGGUCAUCGGAGGCGGGGACACGGCGACCUGCGCCAAAAAGUACGGCACCGAGGACAAGGUGACGCACGUGUCGACCGGCGGCGGAGCCUCGCUCGAGCUGCUCGAGGGCAAGGUGCUGCCCGGCGUCGCGGCGCUCGACGACGCGUGA